AUGAGUGCAACACCAGCUGCCGGUAACUCGGGCAUUUCUAGCAGCGCCGAUCGCAUGGUUGGCGCUGACCACGCCGAAGUCCGCUAUUUCACUAGCUAUGACCACCAUGGCAUCCAUGAGGAGAUGUUGAAAGACGACGUCCGUACUCGAUCUUACCGUGAUGCCAUUUACCAGAAUAAGCAUCUCUUUAAGGACAAGGUCGUCCUUGACGUCGGAUGCGGUACCGGCAUUCUGAGCAUGUUCGCAGUCCGUGCCGGUGCAAAGCAUGUUAUUGGCGUUGACAUGUCUUCGAUCAUUGAGAAGGCUCGUGAGAUCGUUGCCGUGAACGGCAUGGCUGAUAAGAUCACGCUUUUGCAAGGGAAGAUGGAAGAGGUGACUCUUCCUUUCCCCCAGGUUGACAUCAUUGUAUCUGAGUGGAUGGGAUACUUCCUCCUAUACGAGAGCAUGCUGGACACUGUUCUCUACGCCCGGGAUAGAUAUCUUGCCCCUGGAGGAAAGAUUUUCCCUGACCAAGCAACCAUUUACGUUGCAGGUAUCGAGGACGGCGAGUACAAGGAUGACAAAAUUGGAUUUUGGGACAACGUCUACGGCUUUAACUACAGCCCGAUGAAGGAAGUCGCACUCACCGAACCUCUCGUCGACACUGUUGAGAUGAAGGCGGUUGUCACCGAUCCCUGCCCAGUGCUUACCUUGGACUUGUACAAGGUAACGCCUGCGGAUCUGGCCUUCCAAGUCCCGUAUUCGCUCGCAGUUAAACGCAGCGAUUUCGUACACGCGAUCAUCGCCUGGUUUGAUAUUCAAUUCACCGCGUGCCACAAGCCAAUUACUUUCUCCACCGGACCGCAUGCGAAAUACACUCACUGGAAACAGACCGUCUUUUAUCUGCGGGAUGUUUUGACUGUCGAGGAAGAGGAGGCCAUUAGCGGAUACCUAGUGAACAAGCCUAAUGCGAAGAACAAGCGUGAUCUCGACAUCAAGCUCUCCUACACUUUGGAGACGCAGGACCAAACUCGCUUCGCUCGAGGAGAAUGCGAAUACACGAUGUGUUAA